GUUCAUCUACUCAACCUCAAAGCUCACUCUCUCCCAACGCGCGUCGCCGCCCUUACCCGCUCAAUGGUCACCCCCGCAAUUACCCGUCUGGGAUGGAUUGGCACCGGCGUAAUGGGCCGAUCUAUGUGUUCCCACUUGAUAAAGGCAGGAUAUGAGCUCACCAUCUUCACCAGGACCCGGAGCAAAGCUCAAGAGCUCAUUUCCAUGGGGGCGCAAUGGGCUGACUCGCCGAGAUCUGUUGCUUCCAAAUCGGACGUCGUAUUCUCCAUCGUCGGCUACCCGUCAGACGUUCGACACGUCAUCCUCGAUCCUGAGUCCGGCGCACUCUCCGGCCUCAGCCAAGGCGGCGUCGUGGUCGACAUGACCACCUCUGAUCCCUCUCUCGCAGUCGAAAUCCACUCAGCUGCGACCUCCGCCGGCUGCUCCGCAAUAGACGCCCCCGUUUCCGGCGGCGAUCGGGGAGCCCGCAACGCAGCACUUUCAAUCUUCGCCGGCGGGGACCAAACUCUAGUUCAGCGGCUCUCUCCUAUCCUUUCCCUCAUGGGCAGGGUUUACUACAUGGGUACCCCUGGAAAAGGCCAAUUCGCCAAACUGGCAAAUCAAAUAACCAUAGCUUCGACCAUGGUUGGGCUAUGCGAAGGCCUUAUAUAUGCCCACAAAGCAGGUUUGGAUUUGGAAUUAUAUCUGAAUGCAAUCUCAAUGGGAGCUGCAGGAUCAAAAUCACUGGACUUGUAUGGGAGGAGAAUAGUCGGCAGAGAUAUGGAUCCGGGGUUUUAUGUGAAUCACUUUGUUAAAGAUUUGGGAAUCUGCUUAAAAGAGUGUGAGAACAUGUCUUUGGCAUUGCCUGGAUUAGCAUUGGCACAUCAGCUUUAUCUAUCGCUUAAGGCUUACGGAGAAGGCCAUUUAGGCACUCAAGCUCUUGUGUUGGCGUUGGAGAGGCUUAACAAUAUAUCCCUGCAUACUUCUUCUUCUACACAAGUUUAGAUUGGUAAAAAAUUAGACUUUGAUCUUGAUCUGGCCUUAAGUUUAUAUCCCGCUACCUGUGUUGUGAGUACGGUAAAAUUAUCUUGUUUUCAUGGUUGUGAUGUUAUCCUAUUCAAUUCAAUGGUUCAUCGUGUUUCCUACCUGAGAAAGAUUAUGAGGAAUGGUGCCAACCAAACCUACUUAAAUUACCCUUAAUCUUUUACUCCUUAUUUCCUCUCUUCUUCGACAAACCCAACCAAACUCUUGUUUCAUACAUAGGGGACCCAGCCAAUGUCAAUGGUAUUUCAACGUCCACAAUCAUGUGGUCACCCUUCGGCCAAGCCAAAGUGCAAAACAGGACGUACACCGUCCUCAAGGUCAAGGACACUCCUUGUCCUUAAGGCCAAUGCCAUCCAUCGUCCUCGAAACAAAGGACAUUCAUCGUCCUCAAAAUGAGGAACAUUCACCGUCCUCGAAAUGAGGGACAAAGCAGCCAACAAUUAUGGCACCACCUCGGCCUCGAAAUGAAGGACGUUCUUGACGACUCAGUUAUGGCAUAGCCUCGGUUAGAAACGCCAGAACUCCCACCCAACCAUCCGUAGGCCAAAAAGCAUCAAGACAACAAGGACCUACUCCCUUUCACUUCGUCUACAUCUCAGCUCAGAGAGUGGGGGGACUCCUGAUGGAGUAUAUGGGUCCAGACCCCAUGACCCACAUACUCCCACUACUGUGAACAGGCCCAAUAGGCCCAAGUGGCCUAAACACAACAAACAAGUACUCGGGGAUGUACGGCCUUUGGCACAUGAAGGCCCCCGGGAUACGUACGACCUUC